AUGGCUGCAGAGGUCGUUAGUGCCCCGAUGGAUACGGAGAAGCAACUUCAAGAGACAGUGGUUCAUCUUGAAGAUGCGUUGGCCAAUCUUAACAUUGAUCCCAAGGACGCUGAUGAGGCGUUUGAAUUUCUUCGCGACCACCCGAACGCCGACGGUGUCACCCAGGAAGCUUUGAGUAUUCUGGCCGAUGAACAAAAGCGGAAGAAGCUCCUGCGGAAGAUUGACUGGGCCAUUCUCCCUUGUAUGAUUGCCACUUACUUCCUCCAAUUCUUAGACAAGACGACCAUUGGGUAUACGGCGGUCAUGGGAUUACGGGAAGAUACCCAUCUUAAGGGCCAGGAGUAUUCGAAUGUUGCCAUGAUCUUCUACGUCGGUUAUCUUGCUGCCGAAUUUCCAACUCAGUAUAUCUCGCAACGGGUGUCGAGACUUGGAAAAUAUCUCGGUGUGAACAUCAUCCUCUGGGGAGCAGUCCUGGCAGCCCACGCAGCUUGUCAAAACUACGCGGGUCUGAUGAUCUGCCGCGCUCUCUUGGGAGUUUUCGAAUCUUGUGUGACGCCAACUCUCGUGCUUGUGGUUGCCAUGUGGUAUAAGAAAUCCGAACAAGGACGAAGAAUCUCCUAUGUCUACGUUUGUAACAGCUUGACAUCCAUCUUUGCUGGUUUAGUCUCGUGGGGCGUGUCUUUCUCGAAGAAUAAGAGUUUUGCGAGCUGGCGGAUCUUCCUUCUGACGAUUGGUCUUGUGACUGUCGUCGUUGGUGUCUUUGUCUUCUUCUAUCUACCAGAUUCUCCAGUCAAAGCGAGACGAUUCUCUGAUGCGGAGAAGGUAGCGACACUCCUGCGAGUCAAGGACAACCAGUCGGGGACACAGAAUGCCAAGAUCAAGACGUCUCAGCUACGUCUGGUCUUCAAAGAUCCUGGCGUCUGGUUGAUCGCAGUGAGCGUUCUGAUGCUCAGUGUUCCGACGGCGAUCCCGAACUUUUCCAGCAUCUUGUUGACAACGUUUGGCUACAGCGCACAGCAAGCGCUGAUCUUGAACAUUCCUGGUGGCGUGGUCGGAGCAGUCUCAACCAUUCUCACCGGGUACCUGAGCGAUCGUUGGAACGAUCGAAGCCUCGUUAUGAUCAUCAGCAUUCUGCCAACCAUUGCAGCGUUUGCCAUGAUGAUCGGACUUGACCCUGGUGGUGUUCCAAAGAGCAAAGGAGCAUUACUGUUUGCACUUUACCUGUGCAACUCCUUUACAGCGGCUUUCAUGCUCCUUCUCGUCUGGAAUGCGUCGAACCUGGGAGGCCAUACGAAGAAAGUCACCGUCAAUGCUCUGACACUUGUCCUGUACUGCGCUGGAAAUAUCGCCGGCACUGAAUCUUUCCGUGCGUCUGAAGCGCCUGGAUAUAUCAGUGGGAAGGCGGCCAUCAUGUCCACCUUAUCGUUCCAAGUGUUGGUGUGCUUGGCCCUUAGAUUCCGAAAUGACCGGCUCAAUAAGAAGAAUCGAGAGAAGCUUGCCCUUAUGAGCGAAGAUGAGAAGGAUACACUGCGGCAACAAUUGGCCUAUGCCGACAAGACGGACAGAGAGAAUCCAUUCUUUCUUUACACACACUAG